GAAGAUGGAGAGACGCUCCUGCACAAGGCCGCCGCAGCUGGGAACACCUCCAUGGUUGCGGCGCUACUCGCCGCGGGAAGCGUGGAUCAAGCAGUGGGUCAAGAAGCAGACAGAGACGUGCAAUUCGCUCUCCACUAUGCGGCUGAAGGGGGACACGUCGAGAUCGCGCGCCUAUUGGUCAACGCGGGCGGAGAUUUAAACGUUCGCAACGUGGACAACGGCACGCCGCUCCACGUCGCGGCUUAUAGAGGGCAUUUGGAAGUCGCGCGUCUCCUCAUAUCGGCUGGCGCAAGUAUCAAUUGCGUGGAUGACUGGGGUGAUACGCCCCUCCAUGAUGCGGCUCACAUUAAGCGCGGGGCAGGAGUUGUGCGUCUUUUAAUCGAUGCGGGCUGCAAGCUCGACGUGGAAAACAGAAAACAAUCGCAGCCGCUGCAUCUCGCGGCGACGGGCGGAGCCGAUGAAACGAUCAGAUGCCUCCUUGCCUUUGGCGCCAACGUGAAUAGCGUCGGUGGCUCUUUCGGGACGCCGCUCCGCGCGGCUUUAAGCCAAGGCGAACGUAGCACCCUCGCGGUGCUGCUCGAA